AAAAAAAAAAAACAAAACAGAACCCUAGAUUGUUCUAUCGCCUUCUUUUCCAGGUUUAUCUCUCUCUCUCUCUCUCUCUCUCCCCGCCCGCGAAAAAAAAACGAAUCCAAAUCUCGUUAACGAAAGAAAGAAAACAUCUUUCUUAAUCUCAAUCGAUCAAUUAAUCAGCUAUCAAUGGCAGGGAGAAUCAUUGCGCAACUCAUUGUGAUGGGUACUGGGAUUAUAGGCCGUGCUGUCUUUCAAGCCUAUCGUCAGGCUCUUGCUAAUGCGUCUAAAACUGGCGUUGCGCAGGAAGCUAUGCAGAACGCAGUACGUAAAGCAGGAAAAUCCAUUACUGAGCAAGAAGCUAGGCAGAUUCUUGGUGUAACCGAGCAGACCUCAUGGGAAGAGAUAGUACAGAAAUACGACAAGCUGUUUGAGAAUAACGCGAAAGCUGGGAGCUUUUAUCUUCAAUCUAAAGUUCAUCGAGCCAAAGAAUGUCUUGAAGAGGUGUACAGGAGCAAAGCCAACGGUACACCUAGUUAAAGACUUUUUUUAUCUUCUUUUGUUUUUCUCUCUUACACAACAACACUUCUUGCUCGUUAUGUAAAAUCGAAGACAGUAUCACAGUUCUUUGAGAUGAUGUGUAAAAACUUUGAAAGACAGGCUAUAGCUUUCUUCACCCAUUGUUUACUAAUAAUGAAGAGUGCUUACUCUGUUCAGUUGAUCAUUGUCAAAGAAUCUCCUUAAUAAUUAGUGUGGAUUUUUGUUCUAUUCGUGUAUGUUGUAUCACUCACUACUAAGACUCUUUUUAGAGUUUUUUUUUUUGAAUACAAU